CUCGCCAAGCGCCAGACGCCACACAGCAUCGACCUCAUUGACCAGCAGAACCAGCUCUUCUGGAGUGGGCCGCAGUCGUACGGUAUCCCCAAGCAAGGCCCCUUUCAGCUUGACCACGACACGGGAAGCAGCGACACCAUCCUGAACGAGGGUACGUACAACCCCAAGGCCUCGUCGACGGCCAAGAACACGGGUCAGAACUUCACCAUCUCGUACGGUGACGGCACGACUGCUUCCGGUCCCGUGUACACCGACAACUUUUACAUCUCUGACCUCGCCGUCAAGAACCAGGCCCUGGGCGUCGCCAACGGUGCUUCUCUCGGCCUCCCCGGAGCGGCCGGUAUCAGCGGAAUGGCCUUCAAGUCUAUCAGCCAGUUCAAGAUGGACCCCUUCUUCUACACUCUCGUGAAGCAAGCCAAGAUCCCGGACGUCUUUGCCUAUGCGCUUCGUCGCACCCCUGGUGCCUCCAAGCUCUUCCUUGGCGGAGUCGACAAGUCGUCGUACAAGGGAAAACUCACCAAUGUCCCCGUCAACAGCGCCAACGGAUUCUGG